AAAAAUACCCACCUUAUCUUUAAUUCAUAUAUCGCACUCUAUAUUGUUUAUCUUAUCAACUAGAUUUAGUUUUUCUUCUGAUUUUGUUUCCUGCUGUUCGUGUACCUUUAACUAGUUUAUUCUAUUUUUACCCCAUUUGGCCAGAUUAUUGUUUCCUUUCUUCAUGUCAAUCUCUUAUGGCUCCUAAAUCCGAUAGCCAAAUAUUUAAUCAGUUGUUUUGUUUUAUCAAUUUAUUUUUUUUGACCAAAAAGUUAAUAUAAAUUCCAUGCAUACAAAUUAGAACUCAUAGUUCUCUGAGAUUUUGAAGAGAAUAGUCGUGUCUUAUACGAGAAAAACAAACAAGUGACUUAUUUAAAUUAUCUGUUUGGUUGUUGUUGUCGUUGCUGAUCACUUUUGGAAUCUUAUCUUCCCAAAAAAAAAAAUUAAAUUUUAAUUUACAUAACUUAAGUUCGUAUAAGAAAUAUUAUCCAGACAUGUCGUCUAAUGGAAAGUACUGCUUUGCCAUUGACCGUGGUGGCACCUUCACUGAUGUACUCUGCAUUUGCCCUAAUGGCGAAGUUAAAACCAUGAAACUACUCUCGGAGGAUCCAGCUAGUUAUAGUGAUGCUCCCAGAGAAGGAAUUCGAAGGAUUUUGAAACAGGAAACUGGUAAAGACCUGACACCUGAUGGACUCGUAGAUACUUCGCUUAUUGGCUGGGUGCGUAUGGGAACCACAGUUGCUACCAAUGCUCUUCUAGAACGCAAAGGGGAUCCCGUCGCUCUGGUCGUGAAUCGGGGAUUCAAGGACUUGUUGUACAUCGGAAACCAAGCUAGACCCAAAAUCUUUGACCUUAACAUCCGAAAACCAACUAAUCUGUACAAGACCGUUGUGGAAGUUGAUUGUCGUAUUGUUCCCGAGCAGAAAGGACGCUGUCAGCUGAAAAAUUCCUGGAGAGUUCUGGAAGGCGCUGCAGGUGCUAAGUACCUGGAGAAAUCCCCUAUCAAUCGAGAAACCAUAAGAGAAGACUUGAAAAAGGUCCUUGCUGAAGGAAUCACAUCAGUGUCAGUGGUUCUAGCUCACAGCUAUGCUUGUCCCGAACAUGAGCUAGAAAUUGGCGCAAUUGCCAAAGAGGUGGGAUUCUCUCAGGUGACUCUGUCCCAUCAAGCGAUGCCAAUGUGUCGAUUAGUUGCUAGAGGGUAUACCGCCUGUGCUGAGGCUUAUCUAACUCCGCACGUAGAACGUUAUCUGGCGAGCUUCAAAUCAGGUUUUGAAAAUCAAUUGGAAGGCGUCGAUGUUUUGUUCAUGCAGUCCGAUGGUGGACUGACGCAGAUGGAAAAUUUCCGAGGUGCUCGAGCUAUCUUAAGUGGGCCAGCGGGUGGUGUGGUAGGUUAUGCUGUAACUGGAACACGAGAAACCGAUCAGGCUUUGAUUGGCUUCGACAUGGGUGGUACUUCCACAGAUGUUUCUCGAUUCGCUGGGAGUUAUUCCCAUGUUAUUGAGUCGACGACAGCUGGAGUGACUAUUCAAGCUCCCCAAUUGGACAUUAACACCGUCGCAGCUGGUGGUGGAUCGCAGUUGUUCUUCCGAUCGGGUCUCUUUGUUGUGGGGCCUGAGUCGGCUGGAGCUCAUCCCGGUCCGACUUGUUACAAAAAAGGUGGUCCCUUGACUGUAACUGAUGCAAAUUUGAUCCUGGGUCGCUUGCUUCCCCAGUAUUUCCCAAAAAUCUUCGGCCCAACCGAGAAGGAAGCUCUCGACUAUGAAGCCACCAAGAAGAACUUUGAAAUAAUGCAGAAAGAGAUCAACACCAGCUUGAAUAAGUCUCUGACUUUAGAAGAAAUCGCUUUGGGCUUUAUUCGAGUUGCUAACGAGGCCAUGUGUAGGCCGAUUCGUGCCCUCACCCAAUCUCGAGGUCUGGACACUUCAAGGCACGUCCUGUCUUGCUUCGGAGGAGCUGGCGGACAACAUGCUUGCAGUAUUGCCCGUGAAUUGGGAAUGUCCAAGGUGUUAAUACACAAGUACGCUGGUAUCCUGUCGGCUUAUGGUAUCGCCCUAGCUGAUGUUGUCCAAGAAGUUCAGGAGCCAUGUGGGCUUGAAUUCCACGACAAGAACUCUGUUCUCCUUAAGAAACGCCUCGAUGAACUCUCAUCCAAGUGUCGUUCCCAUUUGGAAGCACAAGGAUAUAAAGAAAUCGUGCUGGAGCCUUUCCUUCACUUGCGUUACGAAGGCACUGACUGUGCGUUGAUGUGCUCAGCUACUGCUCUGGAAAACGCAGCUCAAUCCAGUGAUGUCCUCCUCGCCAAUUACGGCGAUUUCAAUGCCACAUUUUUGCAACGCUACAAAACCGAAUUCGGAUUCGUUUUGCAAAAUCGAAAGAUCAUCGUCGAUGACAUUCGGGUGAGAGGAUCAGGCAAGAACAGAACCCCUCCAGAGUUGGAGAUCGCCAAGGCCAGCAGUGUCAGUCCUGAAUCCCAAGGAACUACGAAAAUCUUCUUUGAUCAAGGCGCCUUUGAUUCACCAAUCUACCUAACUUCUCAGCUUUUGGCGGGACACAAAGUCAAAGGACCGGCUAUCUUUAUCGACAAGCUGUCCACUGUCCUUCUCGAGCCAAAUUGUGAAGCCGAAGUAACCAAAUGUGGAGAUUUGGUAAUCCACAUUGGGUCGGGAUCAAAGAAGGAGGUCGAUGAUAAGUUAGAUGCCGUCCAGUUGAGUAUCUUCAGUCAUAGGUUCAUGAGUAUUGCAGAGCAAAUGGGACGAGUCCUCCAGCGAACUUCGAUAUCGACCAACAUCAAGGAACGAUUGGAUUUCUCGUGUGCUCUUUUCGGCCCUGAUGGGGGUUUGGUCAGUAAUGCUCCACACAUUCCAGUUCAUCUUGGAGCCAUGCAGGAGACAGUCCAGUAUCAACUGAAGGUCCGAGGAGGAACUUUGAAGGAUGGCGAUGUUCUGCUGUCCAACCAUCCUCAAGCUGGAGGCUCACAUCUUCCUGAUUUGACUGUCAUCACUCCAGUUUUCUACAAAGGAGAAUCGAAACCAGUGUUCUUUGUUGCAUCUCGUGGACAUCACGCUGAUAUCGGUGGUAUCACUCCAGGUUCAAUGCCACCCCAUUCGACGACUCUGGCUCAAGAGGGAACCGCAUUCAAGUCGUUCUUGAUAGUCGAGGAGGGAGUCUUCCAGGAGGAGAAAGUUGUUGAGCGUCUAACGACUCCAACUGGUGCUAAGGGUGCAACCGGAACUCGAAAUCUCUCCGAUAAUCUUUCGGACUUGAAGGCACAAAUCGCCGCCAAUCAUCGAGGUAUCCAACUUGUCUCGGAACUGAUUGACUCAUAUGGACUCAACGUGGUCCAAGCGUACAUGAGCUUCAUCCAAGAAAACGCCGAACUGGCUGUGAGGGAUAUGUUGAAGCAAAUUGCCAAGGACGCCAAAGCACGAACAGGUUCCACAGUUCUGGAAGCCGAAGAGCGAAUGGACGAUGGAUCUCCAAUUCGACUUCGUGUAACCAUCGAUGAGAACGAAGGAUCAGCUCUGUGUGAUUUCUCAGGAUCCGGCUAUGAAGUGUGGGGUAACUGCAAUGCCCCCAGAGCCAUCACUCUUUCGGCUCUCAUCUAUUGUCUCCGUUGCAUGGUUGGACAUGAUGUACCCCUGAAUCAAGGAUGUCUGGCUCCGAUCAAGAUUAUCAUCGAAAAGAACUCUAUUCUCGAUCCCUCAGAUGGUGCUGCUGUAGUUGGAGGUAAUGUGCAGACUUCCCAACGAGUUGUAGACACAGUUUUGAAGGCAUUCCGUGUGUGUGCCGCUUCUCAGGGAUGCAUGAAUAACGUCACCAUUGGUGAUGAAGAUUGGGGCUACUAUGAAACCGUUGCCGGAGGCAGUGGAGCUGGACCCACUUGGCAUGGUUGCGGUGGUGUUCACACCCACAUGACCAAUACUCGAAUUACUGAUCCCGAAAUCAUGGAACUACGCUAUCCGAUGAUUUUGAAUAAAUUCUGUUUAAGAGAUGAUCAAUCAGGUGGAAAUGGUGCCUUCCGUGGUGGUGAAGGUGUUCAUCGGGAGUUACUCUUCAGGAAGCCACUGACUUUGUCAGUUCUCACCGAACGUCGUACCUUGCAGCCAUAUGGUUUGAAUGGUGGACACCCGGCUAAAAGGGGAUUGAACUUGUUGGUGAAGAAUGAUGGAAAGAUUGUAUGUUUGGGUGGCAAGACUGCAGUUGAUGUUGAUACUGGGGAUAUUUUCUCAAUGAAAACUCCUGGUGGAGGUGGCUAUGGAACUCCCAAAGAUGCCAUUGUGAAUAUUGAUGAUGUUGUUGAUGAGAAUCAACAGUUUAUUGAACGAGGAAGUGUUUUUGAAUAUCGUCAAGCUCAAGAAUCUGGUUAAGCUUUAUAAGUAAAUGUUUUAAAUUUGUGAAUAAUUCUUGUUGAAUUUUCUAUAUUGUUUUAUAUUAUUUUUAAUCAAUAAAAAUGGUGCCUGCAGCUAAACACAUUUGAUAAAAAAAUGA